AUGAUGUUGAUAGAGCUAGCGAUGAGGAAUAACGCCAUAGCAUCUGUAUAUGGUUUCGCAGUAUUCGUUGACAUGGUCAAUCCAACAAUCCGUCACAUAGCUCAAUUUUCACCUCAUGUAUUAAUGAAUGCAGUACACAUGAGUCAGAGCUGCUAUCCUGUAAGAGUGAAAGCGAUAAAUUUUAUCAACGCGCCGAAAAUUGUCAGUGGCAUUGUUAAGAUUAUGAAAUCUUUUAUGACGGAAAAGAUGAAGAACAGAUUUCACGUCUAUCCACACAUGUUGCCGAGCUGUUUUAAGGAUGUUCCAGCAGAUAUUUUGCCAAUCGAGUAUGGCGGCACUGAUGGUACAAUUCAGGAAUUAGCUGAUUAUUGGAAGAAGUUGCUCGAAAAGAAUCGCAACUGGAUUAUGAGUGAUGAGAAUAACAAAAUCGAAUACAAUAAAUACCUGUAAUAUUUUAGAGCAGUGGAUUUAAAAUCGGUAACAAAUAUUUGCUCUUAAAACAUGGUUGAAUGUAUUUAUUAUAAUAUUACCGUAAUAUUAACCAAAUUUUGUUUGUUGUAUAAAUUUUGGAGGAAAAAAUCAUCUUCCUUUCUCUGCAUAGAGUGAUUACAUCGAAGGCAUAAUACAAGAGAACAGAUAAAAUACAAAUUUUUAGAUAAUAGCGAGUUUAUGUUACUAAAUUAUAUAAAUAAACAAAAAAAUGUAUCUUUUUCCACUUCGUAUUAAAAAUAUAGUUUAUUUAGGGACCUUCCCUUUAUAUCUUCUAUUAUACAUUUUUGUGUAAAUAUUUUAAUAUAUGUAUUUUAAAUGUCCUA